AGCGUUUGUUUGUAGUCGUGUACCUGUUCGUGCGUUCUUCAAGUUAUAUGUAAGUUCGUGUCCAGGUCUGUUUUCAUCGUUUAUUUGUUUUGUAGUUUAUUCAAGUAUAGUUCGUUUUCUGUCUACGUCGUGUUUGUUGUUUUGUCGUGUCUUAAAUAAAUCAUGUCAUCAUACCUCGCUGCACAUUGGUCUUCAGAUCCCUCUCUCCUCUCCUCGUCUGAGGAGGAGGAGGAUUUAGAGUAUCGUUACAGGGAUUAUGCAUAUUUAAGACGAAUAUAUUGUAUUAUAAUAACUCUUUCGCAAAAGCAUCAUAUUCAAAGUCUCGAUUCAUCACAUUUAAAAUGUCCUACACUUUCGAAUAACUAUCAUUUUAAUAAUGCAUUAUUAACAUAUAUCAUCUUCCUACAGACAUACCAUGGACCAUCAUUUUUUACCUCAUUCCCUCUGGACCAGCGAGGGUAAAUUCCUCCACCACCACGCGACAGUCCUCUACUCCAGCGUACAUGUCAUGUGCAACAUCCCUGCUGGGGCACAGUUCGGGCCGUGCCUCCUUCAGAACACGUUCCAUGACACCAUCGCCUUCAUAGCGCUAAAAUCCUGCGACAAGAGAAGCAAAUCAUACGUGUUCAGGGUGGACCCCGAGGCUAUGCGGAGCUCUGCUCUCAUGCUGUCCUGGCUGCGUCUGGUGCAAGCGGCACGUCACCGGGAGGAGCAGAACACCGAAGCGUUCCUGAAGGGAGGCCAGCUGUAUUUCCGGACCACCAAGGAAAUCCAUCAGGAUGAGGAACUGUUGGUGUGGUAUGACCAGGAGCUGUCACAUCUACUGGGCUUCACUGACAUCUCAACCAGAGGACAUAAUCCCGAGCUCAAAUGUGCAAAAUGCAACCAGGUCUUCAAGAACGAGCAUCCCUACUUGGCCCACUGCCGCUUCCUGUGCUCGCAGGUGAAGAAUGACACGCUGAGCAGAGAGGCCUAUGAACACAAACACAUUGAAAUAAAACGUCAACACCGCAUCACAGACUUCCACAACAUCGCCAGGGAUCUGGAACAUAAAGAAUCCAGCGCCAGUGAGGAAGCCGAGAUUUCUCUGAGGAAAAGGAAACAUGAGGAGACGGAUUAUCCCCGAUGGAGGAAACCAGUGUUACUGGAGAAAACCAACAUCUUGAAUGACAACAUCACACAGAUAACCAGAGACUACCACCUCAUUGUGCCAGAGUCAACUGGCUCUGUUUUGAAACUGAAGGCGGAGAAGUACCAGCUCAAAAAGGACCAGGUGGAAUGCAAAGAUAGUGCGUUCACAGAAGUAGGAGUUGCAAAAAGGAGUGUUAUGCACGAGAAAGAAAUGCCAACAGAGGCUGAUUCUGAGACAGUGAGGGAGAUAAGCUCUGGUUUGAACUCCAAGAGCAACAACGGUGAGUUUUCAUUCAUUCUGCGCAGUGGACAGGAGGAGCAGAAAAGCGCUUUCUGUAAACCCAGUAAAGGGACUUCUUCUAACUGCUCUACAGCUCACCCAUCCAACACACCUGCCCAAUCGAACCACCUAGAAGACGUGAGAGACAUUUUUACCUCAAAGACUGUUCUGGGAUACAACAAUUUGUUGGCAUCUAAUAAUAUUAUGUUGAAUGGUGAUUUACCUGGCUCACAGACCCUACCCACACCGGUUACUUGCAAUGCUUUUCCUUACCCACCAGAGCACUGGUCCAGGAGCAUUGGAGCCCAAAUACAAACAAUUCUUCCUCCAACAUUUAGCUCCUUUGGGGUGUCGGUACAGAACUGGUGCGCCAAGUGUAACCUCUCCUUCCGCAUGACUUCAGACCUGGUGUUCCACAUGCGCUCCCACCACAAGGAGUUUCUGGAGCGGUCCCAGGUGAGGAGGCGAGAGGAGAAACUCACAUGCCCUAUCUGCCACGAGUUCUUCCGGGAACGGCACCACCUGUCACGCCACAUGACUUCUCACAAUUAAAGCCUAUUGGACAUAAGAAAACUAAUAUAUUUAAUGAAAACGACAUCGGACAUUCUGUAUCUAAUUACAAGAGUAGACCUGAGUAAUUAAACAUUUAAUUACAAUUUGAAGUCACUAACACCUGAAUGUAGUCACAAGUGGAUGGUCCUAUCAAUCAUUAUGUGUAAGGGCACAUAGGUGGCCAUUCAGGAUUGCACAGUGUCCACUAGAUGUCAACAGAAUACGAAAUAAGAAUACAUUGCACAUUACUUUACUUAUCUGCACAGUGCGUGAUAGGAAUAUUUUGGAUCAUUGUCCAGUUGUGUAGGUUGGAAAAUGACAUGUCUGAACUGUGCCUUAUGAAACUCAGGAUGGGACUGAAGAAAUACUGAAGGUAGCUUAAUUUGCAGCUCUUGCUAUAGACCUAUUAUUGUUAAACAUGUUUUCAAUGUCUGUUGCUCAUUGUUUGACUAGACAUACAGUAUUACCAGAGCUUGUACAGAGAUGUGUAGAUUCAUUUAGCUGUUUUUGAUGAAAAACAUCAAAGCCAAACUCUACUAGCACUGUGUCUAUACUUAGGCCUACAUAAAGACAUUUUGUGUGAAACAUAUUGACCUUGUAUUACUUGACCCACCAGAUUCACUGGGUCACCCAUACAUGUGACACCCACAACCUGAACUAUAUUACCCAUUUCAUUUUCAUGACCUGAAAGGGGACAUGUAUUGUUGAAUAAAGAUGCUAGAUUUCACCUAACAAAUGAAAAUAACACAGUGGAUAAUAAUGUGGAAACAUAAGUUAUCUAUUUGAAAAACCAUUUUAGCAAGCUGUCGAACGUUUGCGAUGGCAUUGCCUUUAUUCCCUUCUAUUCCAACAGGUGGCAUCAGACACCAAUUUUCCUCAAAUGCAGCGGCCAAUGAGUCCAGUAAUUCAAUCCCAUUCCAAGAUACUUGUUGGCCUUUUCAACUUGUUUAAUGAAAGUGGGUAAUGACUCCAAUGAGGCCAAGUGGGGCUAGUACCUGUCACGAUUUCGGCCGAAAUUGGUCC